AUGGGUUCGCCGUUGAAGAAGAUCAUGCUAUGCAGUUCGGAAAAGGAGAUUUUCAGUGUGGAAGAACAAGUGAUGGUGCAACAUUCGGUGAUCAUAAACAACAUGAUCGAAGAUGGGUCGUACAACUAUGAAGAGAGCAAGAUUCCAUUGGAUUGCGUUGACUCCAAGACUCUCAAGAAGGUCAUCGAUUAUUGUACAUACCACACUCACCACCACAACGACAACCAAGAAGAUCUUGAGGCUUGGGAUGCUCAAUUUCUCAAUGUUGAUUCUAACGGCCUUUAUGAUUUGUUGAUGGCAGCAAAUUAUCUUGAGAUUAGAAAUCUCUUGGAUCUGAUAUACAGAACUAUAAAAAAUAUGAUAAAGGGAAAGAAAAUAGAUGAGAUACGCAGAAUCUUGAACAUUAAAGAUCAUGGCUUCACUCCUGAAGAGGAAGAACAAAAUCGCAAGGAGUACCCACAUUUUUAUUAG